AUGGCCACUACUCAGACAUUACCCACAUUUGACCAUACCUCGAGCUUGGAUUCGGGGAACUCGUCACGCAGAAAUCCGCGACAGAAUGCAGCCACUGGUGCCUCUGCUGCGGGAGUGCGUGCUCUUAGUGCACAACUGGUUGCAUUCUACUUCAGAGCACCUAUCAAGGCAUUUUUUCGCACCCGAGUUGAUUAUAUGGUAUGCGGUUGCAUUGUUCCUUCGCCGGCCUGGUUGCACUGA